GUCAGCCACUCAUGUCACAAACACAAGUGGAGUUAGAUUAGGAGGAGAUGAAAACCCAGCAAUCCCAACCAAAUACAUGUAUAUUUGUAGAGAGAGAAACAAAAGAAAUACUACUGUAGGCUUCAACCCAGCAAAAAUAAUCACCAUUCUCUCUCUUCCUCCAUAGCCUUACUCCCCGUGAAGAAGAGAAAUACCUAAUUUGAGCUGUGUAGUUGUUCAACUAAUCGAUCAAUAUUUCUUCGAGCUUCCUUCUGUGACAGCUUUUGAAGCUUUUUCGGUUGUGUGGUACAUGGAAAUAAACGUAUUUUCCAUGGAUUAUGAUGAAAUAGCUUUCUGCUUAUUUUCAUGGAUAAAUCUUUUGACCGAGAGCCCCCAUUAGACCAAAAAGAAACAAGACUGCUGUAACUAGUGCUGCGGCUGCUUGGGCAUGGCGUUAACGAGUAGUCGUUUCUCGGACCUGGAACCACCACUCUCUGCUCCUGUUUUGGAAGCCUUAACCAAUUCGGGCUUCGAGUUCUGUACUCCUGUUCAGGCCGCCACUAUACCAUUACUGUGCAGCUACAAGGAUGUGACAGUCGACGCCGCCACUGGGUCUGGUAAAACCCUAGCAUUCGUCUUACCUCUCGUUGAGAUCCUCCAUCGCUCUUUGUCCGCCUCUAAUCCUAAACCUCACAAGGUAAUGGGUAUAAUUAUAUCACCCACCAGGGAGUUGUCAUCACAAAUAUUUCAUGUUGCUCAACCAUUUAUUUCGACAUUAUCAAAUGUUAGGCCUAUGCUUCUUGUUGGGGGACUAGAAGUAAAGGCAAAUAUCAGAAAGAUAGAGGAGGAAGGAGCAAAUUUGUUGAUCGGGACACCUAGAAGGCUAUAUGACAUAAUGGAGUGCAUGGAUAUACUGGACUUUUGGUAUCUUGAGGUUUCUACUUUCACAUGCCUCUUUAGCGAAAAACAAAAAGCUGUGUCAAGUGCUAAACUGAUUUUUAAGUUGUUAUCUAUUUUUUAACUUUUAAAGAUAAAGUUUGCUUGGGAAUUUAGGGGUAUCAAUUCUACUUUAUCAUUCUUUUACCUAUCA